GCAACUUCAGAGCGUGCAGUACUGACGUUCCUACUGAAAUAUGGCGGAUACGACUACGCCAUGUUUCUCGUGAUGUUCGCGCAUUAGACAAUUUUUUGAGAUUCGUUUAUCGUAUAAGCAAAAUGGCUGAUGAUGAUCCGCGGUUACUAAAGGAAGACGGUUAUCUCUAUGUGCCGAAUGCCGAAUGCAAAAGUAUUGUCUAUCAUCCUAAUUUAAACGUUUUACUAAUCACAACUGGUAGUGGCCAAGUAUACGUUUUCGAUGUCAACUUCGGAGUUAUACUGCAGCGAAGUAGUCUGUCCGGUAAACAAGAUGGAAAAUUGCAAGGUGUUUAUCUUGCCGAGGGAGUGGAUAAAGUUUUAUAUACGGAUGGACGGGGGAUAGGAGUCCGCAGUGAUUACAAUGGUGUCCUUCUGUUGGACACUAUCCUGCAGACUCCCAUCACACGUGGUGAGGAUGUCAUUAAAUUGGAGAUUCUUCUGUCCGAGGCGAUUCUUCUCCAUCAAUGUUUGAGAUUAGUCAAUGUUCCCGGCCUCGAGCAUGUUCAAGAAGUCGUGCAAGAAUUGUCAAGUAAAAUAGUUGCUGCGCAAGGCACCCAGAAAAAAGGCAUUAAGGCGCAAAAGUGGAAUACAAUAUGCCUGGAAUUGCCACACGCUGCGUUGAAGCUGGUAUGUUCAGGCUUAGUCGCAGAAUUGAUGAAGCAAAACAAGCACAUACCAGCUUUGCCUAUAGCGUCUGCCAUCAACGAACGAUUAAACGGCCUACUUCGCGGCCUGACAUUCGAGGGUGGACCAGCAGAUCGUGCUCUCAUGUUCAGUGAAGCCGCACGACGCGAAACAUUUGCAACGUGGCCGCACACGAAUUACAAAUGGGCUUUACCUGGACAAAUGGCUCAAGCUGGAUUUUACUACGCACCAAAUCCUACCGCGGACGACAGAGCGAUGUGUUUCACAUGCAAUGUAUGCCUCGUGUGUUGGGAACCCACUGACGAACCGUGGUCCGAACACGAACGUCAUUUGCCAACUUGUCCCUUCGUGAAAGGGGAAUACACCCAAAAUGUACCUUUCUCCGUAACUCUGGCAACCGCACCGGCACGAGAAUCCACCGAACCCGUGGAUGUUAUCGGCACCACGAACGUUCCUGGUCUCGUUGCCACAGCAUCGCACAAGGGCCUUGUUACCAUAUGGAAUAUUACUAAUCAGUUGAAGGGCGAAGUUUCAUUCUGCGUGGCUUCCCGGGGUCAGGAGGCGAACAACAAAGAGUCGAUACAAUUUUUCGCGUCGCGCAAUUUAACGUCGGCGUUUCUGUCGAAUUUAAGCACGGAGAGUGAUCCAUUGGUGGAAUACGAAGCUCCGAAUUCACAGACAGUAAAUUUGACAGCAUUGUCGAUAGUGCGAGAGCCGAAAUCACAAACGGAUGAGAGUAAAAUGAGCGCCGGUUCAACGAUUGCGUCACAAUCUACGAUUACGGCGGAAAUAGGGGAAUCGAAGAUACGUCCGUGUCUAGUGUGCGGUGUAUCGGUAACGGCGAGCAACUCGUCGAAUCUACGAACUCUGGAGAACGUUUGGGCAGCGAUGACGGUUCUAGCCCCGUCCUCGUCUUUAGUUCGCGCUAUGAAUAGUGUUAACAGUGCUGCCAGUGAUAGUUUAGAUAUAAUGAAGGUCGCCGGUGACAGAUCGAAUAUCGUUAAAAAUCAUUAUCUAGUACUCUAUGAUUUUCAUCACAAAGCUCCGACACCACAGUCGAGUAAAGAGGAUACGAGCAAAGGUGGAAAAACGAAGAAAACUCUGUCGGGUACGGGAACGAGCGCGAGUUCGAACGGUGGGCGUCAGGAGAGUUUGUAUCAGGACAUGUACAUGAGUAAAUUUUUGUACGAGGUGCCGGUUAUCGAGGCGGUUGAUUGUGAGAUGGUAGGUGGUACGCAUUUCGAUGAUAUUUUCCAAACGACAACACUGCCAACAUCCUCAUCAAACACACUCUAUCACUCGACUUCUUUCGGUAUGACGCCGAGUCCAUUCGACUCGAAUUUCAAUCCGAUCAACGCUUCCGAACAAUUCCCUUCAACAUCCGAUAUUUCGGGUAUAAACAAGAAAACGCUCGAUAUUACUAAGAGUUCAAAAACCGAUCCGGUUGUUUUGCAAACCUUGUGCAUCGAGGCACCAUCAUCGUUGAGUAUUUCGUACGUCGGUACAACCAAAGAUGGAAGACACUUGUACGUCUCAUUGACACCGGACACUGAUCGAACGUGCGUUGAAACAACGCCGACCGCACACGUCAAUCAGAUGGACGUCGAUGAGGAGAGCGAGAUAUUUCCGUCAAAGAAUCUCGAAAGAAUGUACUGGGAUCACAACGGCGCGAGUUCGGAGGCUAAAUUGAUAAACGGCGAGGUGCACAGUGAGGAAAGUCCAUCCUCGACGAACUCGAUAUUACUCGUUUACCCUCUAGACUUUACCGGUAAAGUGGUUAAGCUCGGAACCGAGCCUGUUGUCAGACGCGAACUACCCGCCGAUCAAUCACCCAUGGAGCAUGUUUUUUUGCCGCUUCAGGAUAAGCACAGAAGCGGCGUUUCAAGCGAAGAUACAGCCGGCCAAAUAUCCCAAGAGCCGAAAGGUCAAGUUGCCAUUGUUUGCAAAGACGGUGUUGUAAGAGUUUUGGAUUUGGCAAGUUUGAAAACUCUUACCGAGGCUCGUCCCAGUGAACGCGCCUCGAGAUUCGUUUCGGCGGCUUACUGCAACAGUCUCGAGAGACUGUGCGUCUGCUCCAGCGACGGUGAUCUAAAUUUCUUCUGUACGAACGAGGAGGACGAUUCGGCCGAGGAAAAGGACGACGCGGAUGACGUAAACAUGAUCACCGAAGCUGCUAAUUGCAACAAUCUCGAAACCGAAGUUCCAGGCACUUCGAGCUCUUCAGCCGCUUAUCAAGAACCCAUACUGGCUCACAGGGCAAAUCUUACGUACAACGAUUUACGUAGUAUUUAUGAGCUUACGAGAUUCGAUCGACAUUCCCCGGCUUACGGCGCUACUGUGCCAUCUUGCUGGAACGAGAUGAUGCAAGGCCAAAGACAACGACGUCAUCCUCAACAUCUUCAUCAAUCCGAAGAUCAACACCAUACACGCACUUGGCGAUUGCAAAACGAUACAACUACCUGGGACGAGCAUAUUUUCGAACUCACGCUACCACGCACAGCAGCCGGUUGCGUCGGCCAUGUAGACGUUAGAUUCAACCUUAAUUGGCCUUGUUUCGAGCUUCCCACCAUUCAAGUCACUCUCCUUAAACAAAAAAUGGCCGGGCUUGGUCACCACAAAUCGCCUCUCACUCCUGUCGACGACCGCAUCGAUUUCAGCCUCGAUGGCGAACAAAAAGGCGAAAAUCCUGUCAUCAGCGAAGAAUAUCAGCGUCAACACAAUACUGAAAUUCUUUGUGGACCUAUGAAUCUUCAACGAUGUACCGAUCUGUCCGAUCAUUCCGGCUGUGUCACCCUCACCAGCCCGAAACUCUUUAGUACCAAAGCUCGCACGCUUCUUGUUCAUAUUAAGGCUCUCAUUGAUCCAGCCAAAGACACAGCAAGUACAAAGUCAAAAAUCAAUCUGUUGGAAACGAAACCUCCGACUUCAAAGAAAUUGAGGAUAGACGAAGCUGGACCUCUCUUACCAGGUGCGACGGUCGAAAGAUUAGCCGCUGGUGCGAACAAGAAAUUGGAAUGUUACAUAGGAUGCGACUGGAUACACGAACUUUCCAUAACCGUUAGAUCGGUCCAACCGACGAGUAUUCCCAAUGAAAGACUGCAAAGAUGCGCGAUGCUCGAAUCUCCUUUGUUUAUUGAGAAUUUGCUCAACGUUGCUUGUCUCCAAGGGACCGACAAAACACUCGUGGCACAGUCAUUGGCACUGGACAUACUGAUAUGGGUCGUAGCGAUCAGACUAACCAGACUGCGGGUUGGUCAAAACACAUCAGAAACGAGGGCUAUGCAAUUGGAUACCGUUCGCAGUGUUCAAGGACGACUGAACCCACUUUUGCGCACCUGUCUUCUCCACGCUGGACGCAGUAUUGCUCAUAAAUGCGUUAAACUGAUCGUUCUUUGUAGCGAAGGACUCCAUAACACGGACGAUCCUACUCCUCACUCCUUCGAUGAAGCGGUACUCGCGGUCCUCGUAACAUUGUUGCCUUCGAUCGUGAGUGUUCAGUGGGCAGGAUCAUUGCGUUGGCUCGCUCUUCUGAUCACUCGGUUAUUACCAUUGGAUCGAAAUCACGCGGUCGCACAACAAUGUGUCACUAUCGUUCAACAAAUAUCGGCUGAGAUGUCAAACCGUGUCAAUCCUUAUCAUCUACUGCUUGCAACGAGAUUCGGUUUAUACAAUACGCCAUUUGAAACGGAAUUGUUCGACAUAGAGCCACCGAUGCCACCGAAAUCGAGCUCGAUGCCGGUGACUUAUGCGACUAUAUUGGCAGGAGAACAAUCCACAACUUCUUCCACUGCGGCUACCACAAAUACGUACACUCAAGACACGAUAGACCUAAGGGAUCUCUUGACUCUGCCGACUCACUCAAGUGGGGAACUCAUCGUGCCGAGCAAGUUGAAAGCUCUUUGCACCAAUCACAGCAUGAAAGGGCUUCUUGAGGUCGAGCCCCUCCAUUUUACGUGUCACGCGGCUUCGGACGGUACGAAAAUGGAGAAAAUCGAUCCCGGCGCAAAUGCCAUAAACAUGAGCACAACACUUUUCGACACUGGCAUAACAACGAAUAACGUCAUGUCAGAAUUUAAAUCGGUUCAACAUUCAACAUACAACUUGGAUGCUGGAUCGCUUGUGCCAGAUCUUCAGGCUAAGUUCAAAGGGAAAUUGAGCGAUCUGCUUAGUCAAUGUACAGCCGAAUUGGCAAAGAAACCGGCGGCUCAACUCUCUAUCACACCUGAUGAUCAAUCGGAUAGCGAUGAACCGAACAAUAUGACGGGUGAUAACCAGAUUUGGCACAGUGAACAAAGCGAUACGUCUAAUUCUCAUACAUUAACGUCAAGCGUGACUAAAGAAAAAUCAGCGAUUCCCAAUAUCGGUGCAGGUGGUCACAAAGUCGCAGACAACAGUAUUAAAAAGCGAGAAGACGUGUCUUUUCCCUGGGGAAGAUUAUUAUGCUGGCCACCACAACAAGCCCUCGUUGUCGAACGGAUGCAUUCCGGGGCACGAAGAUUCGUCGUACUAGAUUUUGGAUCACCGAUCCUUCUUACCGACCUUAUGAUACCAUCGUGCAGCGAUCUCGUCUCGUUGUCUAUUGACAUUUGGACGAAGAGCGAAGAAAUCGAUGGCACACGACUUGUCGUUCCUGGCGAUAUUGGCACAAAACCGCUCGUCGUUAAUGACCUCCAGCCACCUCCUGUUUGUCGUUAUCUCAAGAUAACAACGAUCGGUCGAUACGGCAUGUCCACGACACGUUGCAGAAUUCCGUUGGGAAUGUUUUAUGGGCACAUGGUGGGUCUGCCGGGAGAAGAUUAUUCCGAGCCAACCGAUUCCCAGACAACUACGAUUGGAAAUUCCGAGACCUCGGUUCAGGCAACUAUUGACACCCAAUGCAGCAUUUUGGCAGCCUUGGCAGAGGAUGUUCAGUGCAGAUUUAGUUUGGCUACCGAGAGACUCAAAGCCCUUUUGGAUCCUUUGCUGUGCACUGAAACUCCGAACGUUAUGCACAUGCAACACUAUCUGAAUCGAUCGAAAAAUUCUCCUGAGAAUAAAGAACAGCCUUCGGCGAAAAUUUUAUCGACUUAUCAGGAAUGCAUUUUGUUUCAACAUCAAUUGAACAUAGUUCGAGGUGUAUGGCGUCGACUCGAAUCAUGGAGAGGUUCUCAAAUGGCACCCUCAGUCUCGUUGACAAGUGCGUCAAGUGAUAAACUUCGUGUGUUGGGUGAAACUCUUUUGGAUAUUCUUCUUUAUACCGUUUACGAAAUUGGACCUGUGCCAAGCGUUCCAGCGUCUUUGUGCGAUGUUUUCACACCCUCGAUUUGCGAGUCUUUCUUCCAUUCUGUAUGUGUCGUUACACCAGCUCCGCGAUUGCAAUUACACGCAGCUGCUCUUUUAGCAAGAAUGGCGGGACAUCAGCCCUGGUGGGGAAACUUUUUGGCGAAUACCCUCGUCAACUUGUACUCCACCUCAUCUACGUAUAUCUUCCCACAAGACAGGGUGUUCAUAUUGCUAACAUUCCUUGGCCGGAAAUCACUCAUCGCAGGAGCUAAUAAAUCCUCGGUAGUCGACGCGAUGGUUCGCACACUCGGCCGACUUUUAGCUCCUAUAUCAAACGGACAAGCUGCUUCCGCCUCGAACAACCUCGAUACAACCCUCAUUGGCUGGGUCCUGUUGUUUCUCUCAGUUUGCUUAGACACAACAGCUCAACAAAUGCCAUCCCUCGAGGAGAACUCGGACAAGAGCAAAGAGCAAGGUGUAUCGUCACGAUGGGAAUUCCUUCAGGGUGAAUCGGCCAUGCAAAGAAAGUUCGUAAGCGCCAGUCGUUCUUCUGCUUCGCGUAACUACCGUCGGAAACUGCAGAAAAGGUUAAUGCAUCACAAACAACAGAUGCAAGAUCUUGAACAAGCGAAGAAGGUCUACCAGACAUCGUCCCAGACUCAGGCGUGGGGUGUGAUGCCCACCCAAGUUUCGACACUAUCAAACAAAUUGGAGGCAGCGCUCAAAUCACAGGAGCGUUUUUUCAAAAAGACGUUGAGACAGCACACAUCGAAACAUUUCAAAGACAUUAUUAGUAUAAGAAGAAACGAGGUACAUCUCUCACGGGGGAACCGAAGUCAUCCCCAGUCAAGCUCGAGUAGACCGGAAUCUCUCGACAUCGAACUCGAUUGUAUGGCAAAUCUUUCGCAUCAGCACCUGUUACCAGUGGCACGAGGAUUGGUGGCUUUGAUAUUGAACAAUGCUGCGAAUGUUGACAUGUUUUUGCUGGCUUGCAAGGUAGUGGCUAGGCUAGUGGUAUCUACAAGACCCGCGAUUAGCUUGGGUGAACUUAUGAGUGAAGAACAGCUCAUAAGGUUAGUCAGGUUGGCUACAGGAACCUCCGAUUCUGCAUGGUCUUCACACGCGGUCUCCUGCCUCCUGCAGGAUCUCUUGGAAGGGGGUCGUCUUUUCCCUCGACCUUUUCAAGGCCAAGAUGGUAACCAAUCCGAGGAGGGUUUCGAAGCUCUAGGAGCUGAAGGUGGUCAAAUGGGGGAAGUCGAUCUCGCUGGAAUGGCAGGUGCGAGUGGUUCGUCAACGGCUUUGGGCAAUGACGAAGGGUUUGCCGAAGGCGAUGGAGACGAGGACACUCAAGACAGCAUCGUCACUCCUCAGGCAACAUCUUCGACCCCCGAAUCGAAUGGCAUUAAUCUGCCCUCGGUUUUGGAAUGCGAUGACAGUGAACUAGAGGAUUUCCUUGACGACAUUCUCGAACGUGGAAAAAACUCAUUGAAAAAGGGCACUGUUUCGAAAUUGCCGGCUGCUGCUGGUUCCGGCAGUAUUUCUCUUGCCAUCGACGCAAGACUCGAGUACGGUAUAGAAACUGGCGUUGAAAUCUCGUUGAGAAGACUCUCAACUCUCGGAGUAUACAAUUUACCGCUCAGCAUUAACGCAACUGUGCAAAUUCCGGCAGACGCGAGUCGAUCUGCUCAACCGUCCCCGAGAAAUUCUGUCUGGAUGGAAAGAAAUCAAGAGAUGUGGAACACUCAAGAAACUCCGUCAGGUCUAUCAAUGCUGACUCGAUGUUUCGACAAAAUAUUCACCGACCUGUCGCUGCAGCAAAAUUCUGGGACGAGUUUGGAAUUGGUAUUACAAUUGUGGUUGACGUUGAACGUAGACGCAUGUUUAGAGCAGUCUAACUCAACCGCUCAAUUCGAUCCAUCUCUGAUGCCGGUGAUUCCGCUCAGUUCCGCAGCUAUAUCCGGUCUUAUAUCGGCUCUUUUAUGGCAUCCGGCAGUAUCGCUCCGAGCGUGGUGUCUGGCGUUGCAAACUCUUACACUCGCGAGUAACGAAGCAAUGCCAAACGAUGAAAUCGAUGCAAGCAUCAGCACACCUUUAGAUGGUUUGUUAGGAGGCAUGGCAAGCUGCGUCGUCAAGGAUCGUAACAUGGGUCCUAUGUUCCUACGUCUCUUGUCCGGAAAUGGUUUGAAUGUUGAAUCUCGUGACAAGCAAUACAUGAUGGCUGGACCGAGAGUUGGACUCGCGCUCCAAGACUUUCUCGUGAGACUCGAGACCCGCUGUGACGUCAUAAUACCAGGAAGUUCGCUGGGAAACGCGUUAAAGGAGCUUCUCCUCUGGGUUGUUUAUCAGCUCGUACAACCGGGUGGUGCUCUCGUAGCGAGGCGUGGACCUCUGGAUGCUCAAUGCAUCCUCAUCAAUUCUCUUAUUAAUCUCAACUUCACAAACACUGAUCUCGGAACCGCUAUGAGUAUUUCCGAGUGUGUCGGUGUACUGGUUUCUACUUACGUCAGAGGCGCACGAGUAGGUGCACAGUGCGGUGGUAUAGCUGACUCUUCGAAUCAAACGGGUAGCUUCGGUAGCUUAUUUUCGUGCGUUCUUGGUGGUGGAAUGAAACAAGGUCGGCCUACAUCUUGGGACACGCUCGUUGUUGCUCUUAUCAAAUUAGUUUGCCGGCUUGUUCAGACACCUUUACCAAAUGGACGGUUGCCUCGAACGGACAGCACCAUCGAUAUGGAACUUGGUGAAACAGCUCAACGUCCCAGCACGAGUAAUAGCGAGGCUCAAGCGAAACCACAUACUUCACAGACUGACGAAAGCAAAGUUGCGGAACAACAAACCUCCAUGAGACAACAAACUCCAACACCAAAACCGCGGUAUCCUUGUGUCGCCGAUACAGUCUUGCAACACGAGCCUACGAUGAUGAGGCUACUCGGAGCUCUAGGAUACAGUACGGGUUUCUCUUUGAAUAUGCUCUUCGAUGGCGAAGAACCAGAAUUGCGCGAUCCAGCAUCCAUUCCCGAUGCAACAUUCGAACUCCUUUCUACACUUAUGAAAAAAGCUACAAGUCCAACGCUCGUACUAAAUCCGCUCUACCGUUAUCUUGCUUCGUCAUGUAGCCAAAGUGGACCAAAUCGUCAAAUGGGAGUUAUGCAGUUAUCAGAGCCGUUGUUAUGGUACAUUCUGAAAGUACUUGAUAACGAAGAGUCCGUAUCUGUAUUCACUGCGAUGGGUGGAGUUAAAGUACUUUGUGAGAAUCUCGUGAAUUCGAAUAACGGCAGUUCAAGCAGCGGACUAUCGUCGCCAGGCGUGAUUGCUUUGGUAAUGCAACAUCUUUCGAACGCACCAAACCUGGCUGCGAGUGCUUCAACGAGCAGCAAAAAGUCAUCAAAUAAUUUGGAAUCCGGGAAAGACAGUUUGUUGAAUUUUGCACCCCUCGGCACGGUUUCGUGGGUCAAACCAAUGGUCGAACCGGCCGACGUUCUGAUACAGAGUGCGGCUCCCCACAGACGCGCGAGAACCGCUGCAUGGUCUUAUCAUUUCUUCCCUGGCGAAUCGUGGGUUGAUUUGACCUUUACAUUGCCGUGUGCGAUAUUGCUGAAGGAAGUUGAACUUCAACCGCACUUGUCUGCGCUCGCAACUUGUCCAUCGGCGGUAGCGUUGGAAAUAUCGCGCGAGGGAAAUUCGGAUCUUACUCCGGUGUGUCCGCCCAUGCCGACGGCCGGUCUGACAUCGAUCCAUCUGACACUUUCGCAGCCAGAAGUAGCAACUUCAGUAUUGGUCCGUCUUUACAAACCUCGGGAUUGCACGAAUAUAAGUUUGAGCCAAAUCAGAAUCCUUGGGACGACUGCAUUUGGAGAAAUUAAAUCGCACAAUGAAACCAUAGACGAGGAACAAUUAACUAAAACGAGUUUUGGCUGGUUGAGGCUGGUGCAUCAGUGCCUGUUGGUGAGCAAUCUUUCGAGUAGCCUGGCUCACGAGGUCCUAAAUUCCGCUGCUGGAGUCGAUGGCUUAAUCGAGGCUUGUUGCAGUCUUUUGCUCCUUCGUCCAAGAUCUUUGUAUACACCGAAUCUCGAGAGAGUUCUUCUUCAAUUGGGAUUACACUCGCGAGAUCUCGGUCUCCAGCUUAUUAAUUUGCUCCUCAAUAAUCGUUGCACACCACUCUUCCAAGGCACAUCAACCAGUCGCAAGUCGUCAACGGCUCAGCUGGUCGUGGAGCUUUUGCAGCAGCUCUGCUCUGCUCAAGAUACGAACACAGAAGCUCGUGUCUCGGCUGUGCUUUCUUGGCUUCGAACUUCGGCUGAAAGUGCUGUGGCUCGACCGCCAAAUACUCCCAACGUGGUGUGUCCGCCCGCUGUUUAUGUUCACUGCGCUGCUUCGAUUGUUUGGAAAGCUCACGAGAAUCCAGAUGUGACUUACAAUUUAGAAGCUUUGCUGCCCGAUGAAUUGUUCAAUGCUCUCUACGAGUGGACUUUGAUACUGGGAACAUACAGUGCCCUGAAGCUUUCAAUCGACGCUGCUCUCUGUUCACUCUGCUACGUAAGACCAUCGUUGUUCCCGUUGCUUUUGCAAAAAGUACGGAUAUUAGUGCCAAACCUCGCGACUGAUCGUACGGCCUCGAUAUCUGACGACCGCAAGGAUAGUCAGGGACAAACGGACGAUCGAAAGAGCGAAACUGAUGCCGAAGAAUGGUACUGUCGUCUUGUACUUCCCGAACACAAGAGACUCCAACUCACCGAAGGCCAAUUACUUACCGUAGCCGCAGCAGCUAGAUCCGGACCUGGAAUUCAACAGCUCAUUGAUUCCGGCUUGCCCACAAUGCUUUCCUCAACAAUUACGGAGUUCUGCACACUCGAGAAAUCGAAACAGUAUGGCGAAGCAUUGCAGGAUGAUGAGAGAUCAUCCAGUGCUUCCAAUACAAGCAUGACUGACAGUGAUAAAGCCGGGGAAGCGGCCAAUCAAACACGUCAUAAUACAGAUGGUUUAUGUAUGACCGAGCCAGACAGCAUAGCUAUAGUAUUAGAAUUUUUGUCAUUGAUAUGCUCGGAAGGAAGAAUGCGUGAUUGGCUUGGAAAAGAAGGCCGUGAUUUUUGGCUUCCUAUUGUAUCAUUGUUGAGCAAUCGCCCUGUCGAAAAUCCAUCGCUGCCAUUGCUCAGGAUGAAUAUUGCUUACAGCAGUUUGGAAAGCGCUAUGAUCAAAUUCCUGUCACGAUGCUGUUGGUGUCAUCCCAAUAAUCAGAAAUUAUUGUCGGAACUUUUAACGAAUGUCAUUUUACAGCAGAGAACUUCGCCAAAUGUGCGGUAUCUCCAUGGGAUAUCGGGAUUUACGAGACGAUUAAUUCUCCAAUUGUUGCUGGAGGGUGAAAAAGUAUUGGUUUCCGUGACCUCAGAGACACCGAUGACAGCAGCUAACACUGUCAUGGGUCACAGCACACCAUCGAUGCCACCGCAUCCUGCUCACCCUCUAGGCCAUUAUCACCAAUUGCUUUAUAUGUCGACCCAGUCAACGGUCGCUGAAAUUUUGCAACAAGUUUCUGGUACUUGGCUCCUUUUGCGACUGUCUAAUUCCGGUAAGGGGAGUGAAACAAAUACGAGCGGCACAUCGAGUGGCCGACGUGAUGUUUGGGAAACGGGAACCGCACUGAUGGUCGACACACUGAGCGUUGCAGCUGGAAAUACAGCCAAGGAUAAACGAGCUAAGGAAGCUUCGAAUAGAUCACAGGCUCGAGGGCCACCAUUAAGAAAAGCCCGUUUGAACUUGGACGGCACACCAAGCUCAUCCAAAAGCCCCAAUAAUGCACAACCUAAUUCGACCAAUUCUGGGAAUCAACAGUAUUUGGUACAUUCAACACCACCUAAUUUGCCGCUAUCGCCACAACUCACAAUCGCCCAAUUACUCGCCAUUGCCGAGGACAAUGGCGCAUCGUUAUCCGAACCUAUUAUUCAUCUGACGCUGAAAGAGCAUAAUAAGGACUCAAAAGAAGAAGCUCCGAAGUUAAACGACAGCGAAUUGUUGAAUUACCGUCACAUCGAGAGCGCCCUGGGUGUGUUCAGUGCAGCUGGAGGUUUAGCGGUAUUAGCAAAGCAUUUGCCAUUGGUUUAUCCGGAUUCGGGGAGGCCACCGCCGUUUAUGGAAAAGUCCCCAUCGCCGGAGCAGCCCGACGCGGAUUGGGUGAAGGUCGAGGUCAGCGAUGACACGUACGUCGACAGGGUCGAUUCCGGUAUAUCGAAUUCAUCGCGUACGACACCACCAGCGCCGCACGUGCCACUGCAUUCGUUGGCUGCGUUUGGACUGUUUCUCCGAUUGCCCGGUUACGCGGAAGUAUUGCUCGGAGAUCGUAAACAAGCGCAAUGUUUGUUGCGUCUUGCACUGGGUGUGACAGACGACGGCGAGGGAGGUGAUAUUUUGAGUUCGCCGAUAGCGACGUCGCUUCCGACAUUGCCUUUUCAAGUGUUGAAACAAUUGCUGGAGGCAACGCCACCGACGACGGACGAUGGUCUGUUACUAAGACGAACUACGAUCGAGGUCGGUGCUGUGCUGCUUCUGCUCAAUUGUCUCGCGAUAUUUACCCAUCAAACGGGUCACAACGAAGGAAUCGAUCAACGAGGAGGUAUCGGACAAGGAGGCGGUCGCAGUGAUGAUAAAUCGCAUCUGUAUUGGGCAAAAGGCACUGGUUUUGGUACAGGCUCUACACAACAAUCGUGGAACGUCGAACAAGCACUUUUGCGACAACGCUCCGAGGAAGAACACGUCACUGUAUUGUUACAAGUACUCGCGAGCUACGUAGGAUCCGGUGGACAACCACAGCGGGAUUUGCCAAUACCGUUCACCGAUCUUCUCGCUCGGUCCUGCCUUCUUCCUGCUUUAUCCUCCUAUUUGAGAAAUGAUUCCGUACUCGAUAUGGCGAGGCAUAUACCUCUUUAUCGUGCUAUAUUACAACUGCUUCGCGCGAUGGCACUUAGCAGUCAAUUGGCACCACUGCUCCUUCCAAGGGGAGGACGACCCACCGAUGCCUCUAUCGUUUCUCUCCUUUAUACCAUGAGAAUAUGCGUCGAUGCUUACGUCUACAAAAUCAAUCGCACACGUGGCAACAAAUCUAGAACCGCUACUAAAUAUCCUGAAGAUACCGAACAGGACGAAGGCCUUGCUACCCUCAUUCCCGAUAUUCAAGAAAGUGCCACCAUCGUGCAAAACGCUACUUCGAGAUUGGACGUCAUCGGCGAAGAACUCGCCGGACCUAGUCCCACCGGACCAGAACUCUCCCUCCGAUCCGUUGAACAACGUUAUUUGGAGGUCAUGAAAAAACUUCAAUUCGAUACCUUCGAGAUUAUUGCUGACAACACGGAAAGCGGUGGUUACAAGUUCGCAGUUUCUUAUCACUUUGAAUCGAACAUGAGAACAGCAGGUGAAAGAAAUCAUCCGGCGAGAGUUAAAAGACUGGCGCAAGAAGCUGUCACGCUAUCUCACGCUCUCCCACUUUCCUAUAGUAGUAGCGUCUUCGUUCGGUGCGAUGCCGAACGACUCGACAUUAUGAAGGUACUGAUAACUGGUCCGGCUGAAACGCCGUACGCGAACGGUUGUUUCGAAUUCGACGUGUACUUUCCGCCUGAUUAUCCGAACAGUCCAAUGAUGAUCAAUCUCGAAACAACGGGACGACACUCCGUUCGUUUCAAUCCAAAUCUUUACAACGACGGUAAAGUUUGCCUCAGUGUUUUGAACACGUGGCAAGGUCGACCUGAAGAAAAGUGGAACGCUCACACGAGUAGUUUUCUACAGGUUUUAGUAUCGAUACAGUCUUUGAUUUUGGUACCUGAACCAUACUUCAACGAACCGGGCUACGAGCGAUCACGGGGCACACCCGCUGGAGCUCAAUCUAGUCAAGAGUACAACGCCAAUAUUUGCCAGGCUACUGUAAAAUGGGCAAUGCUCGACCAAAUUAAAAAUCCCUGCCCCUGUUUUAAGGAGGUAAUACACACUCACUUCUGGAUCAAACGACACGAGAUAAUAGCCCAACUUCAAGGUUGGAUAAUGGAGAUGGAGUUGCACGGAUCGGAUCGCCGAUGUUCCCGCAUUUCGAUAAAUGCUUUCGCUCUGAGGAGGUACUUCAGAUUACUCAGAGAAGAACUGAACAAACUGCCCACCCCCGAGGGACUGGAGGAUCUCGUGGAACCUCUGCCUUCGCCCGGUUCGCCAUUAGAAUUGUCGGAGAUAUCGGGACCACCGAGUUCGCCACCAUCGAGCGGCGGCGGUGGGGGGGUUUCGGCGUCGACGAUGAUCAGUAGUAGUAACCCAUCGAGCAACGUAGUAAGUCAACCUGUGAGUAAUGCGAGUGCCAGCAAUCACGUGCAUCACGACAUCGACACUGACGUAGAGAUGGAGAAAAUGGUCUCGAAAGUUUGUGAAUAGCUAAUGGAUGUUAAUAGGGAUUGUUGGACAUUUUGAAAAGUCUAUUGUUAGUGUUAUGAUGAACAAUGACCGAAACGUAACGAGAUAAUUAACAAAAAGAAUGCUGCAACAAAAAAUAAACACACACAAAAAACAGAGUGAAAGAAAAGUGAAAAAAGAGAAGGGAAAUAAAAACGAUGAAAAAGGAAAAGGAGACGAGGAAUAACCAAACAAACAAACAAAGCGCAUAAACGACGAAUCUGCUUCGAUUUUGAAAAGCUGCCAAGAGCGACGUGUGUGUGUAUGUGUGUGUGUGUGUGUAAGAGAGAGAGAGAGAGAGAGAGAGAGAGAGAGAGAGAGAGAGUGAUUCAGCGCGUGUUCGUAUGCAUGAGUGUGUGCGACCUCGGCUGGGAAACUGAGGAACGUUGAUGAUGGUCAAGGCGGGAGAGAAUUUUUGUUUUUUGUUCCUUCGAAAAUAAUACGAUUCAAGUAAGAAUAAUAACGACAAGAAAAUGAUCGUGAGCUAGCGGGGGUGCAUGCAGGAAAUUUCGCAAGGGAUUCAAUAACGAACGAGGUGUAUUCUUGCAUAAUAAAAUACUACAGUCGCUAACUGGUUCUUUCGGAUCCAGAGUAUUGAGGGGACUAAUAAUAAUGAAUAUACAGAAGAUUAAGACCGAAAGAAAUAUUGGAGGAGGGGAUGACUGGAAGUUGCUGUAUGUUAUAGGAACUUGUCUGCUGCUGCUAUACUAAAUGUACACUGCAUUCUAUUCUGUACUACUAUAAGUACCGAUUGUUAGUCCAUAUUUAUUAUACAUGUUCCUCGAUUGUGUAGUUAGCAUCCCAGGCUACCCCUCACAUACAAAUGCGACUGAAUUAAAUAGAGAAAAAGAAGGAACGAGCGACAGAAGAAGCGAAUGAACGUUUGAGCGAGCAGAAAGGACAGGGGGAGUGAAUAAAAAAUAUAUAAAGGAAAAAGAAGCGAUGAUUUACGAUGAGCGAUGAGGUAAUUCUGUUCAGUAGAAAAGAAAUUACAUCGAGAUAUCUCCUUCGUCACGAGGGAUUCUCUUGUGAAACGAGCAGUACGGUCGUGACACGCAGCAAGAAAAAAAAAUGAAACGAAAAUAUGAAAACAACAACAACCGCCACUCUUCGUAAUUGUAAUAACUAAUUAGCACACAGUAAUUUCAUAUGAAUUGACCGUACAAACUAAUAAAAAAAAAAUUACUUUGUUUUCAA